UGGCGGGAAGUUGGCUUAGUUGGCCUACCUGUGGCUGAGCGAUUUUCCUCGUCCCCGCCUUGUUCUCCCCAGAGGCUUCUUAAUUCUUCCUCGGCAUAGGGCAUAGUACCCCUUCGCACGGAGGACGCCAUGGCUCCCAGGAAACGCCCAGAAGCCCAGAAGACCCCUGAGGUGGUUGUGCGCCCCAAGAGCAAGAGGAACAGAAGCCCCCGGGAGCUGGAGCCCGAGGCCAAGAAGCUCUGUGUGAAGGGCCCCGGUUCUAGCAGAAGAUUUGACUCAGGCUGCCUUUGGGCGGGGUUGGCUAGCCUGCGGGUCCCGCCGCUAUGCAGCAGCAUCGUCAGGGCCCUCCACCAGCAUAAGCUGGGCACAGCUGCCUGGCCAUCACUACAGCAGGGUCUCCAGCAGUCCUUUUUGAACUCUCUGGCUUCUUACCGGAUAUUCCAAAAGGCUGCCCCUUUUGACAGGAGGGCCACAUCCCUGGCGUGGCACCCAACUCACCCCAGCACCCUGGCUGUGGGCUCCAAAGGGGGAGAUAUCUUGCUCUGGAACUUUGGCAUAAAGGACAAACCUACCUUCAUUAAAGGGAUUGGAGCUGGAGGGAGCAUCACUGGGCUGAAGUUUAACCCUCUCAAUACCAACCAGUUUUUCACCUCCUCAAUGGAGGGAACGACUAGGCUGCAAGACUUUAAAGGCAACACUCUCCGAGUUUUUGCCAGCUCAGACACCUGCAACGUCUGGUUCUGCAGCCUGGAUGUAUCUGUCAAAAGCCGAGUGGUGGUCACGGGAGACAACGUGGGGCACGUGAUCCUGCUGAACAUGGACGGCAGGGAGCUUUGGAAUCUGAGAAUGCACAAAAAGAAGGUGACCCAUGUGGCCCUGAACCCGUGCUGUGACUGGCUCCUGGCCACAGCCUCUGUAGAUCAAACGGUGAAAAUCUGGGACCUGCGCCAGGUUAGAGGGAAAUCCAGCUUCCUCCACUCGCUGCCGCACAGGCAUCCUGUCAACGCAGCUCAUUUCAGUCCCGAUGGAGCCCAGCUCCUGACCACUGACCAGAAGAGUGAGAUCCGGGUUUACUCUGCUUGCCAGUGGGACUGCCCGCCAAGCCUGAUCCCACAUCCUCACCGCCACUUCCAGCACCUGACGCCCAUCAAGGCAAGCUGGCAUCCUCGGUACAACCUCAUUGUCGUGGGCCGAUACCCAGAUCCUAAUUUCAAAAGUUGUUCCCCCCAUGAAUUAAGGACGAUCGAUGUGUUUGAUGGAAGCUCAGGAAAGAUCAUGUAUCAGCUGUAUGACCCAGAAUCUUCUGGUAUCAUGUCGCUCAAUGAAUUCAAUCCCAUGGGGGACACGCUGGCCUCUGUGAUGGGUUAUCACAUUCUUGUUUGGAGCCUGGAGGAUGCUGGGACUCAGAAAUGAGAGACGUUAAUGAAGCGGGGGCCAAGCAGCGGCUUGGAGCCCCACGAGAACAAGUUAACAAGAGGCGGCUUCAUAUUAAAGGGCCGAGGUACUGGAGUCCCAGCGUCGGAGCUGAGGCACUGGGACCACGACAUGGGGACUGGACACGCACGUGGACUGAGCUCCAGGAACUCCAGAGUUGGCAGGCUUGCUGCCCC